AGCCCUGGGACAGGGCUGGCUAUUCAUUUGUCCUGUUUUUCCCUUAGGACUUGUAUCAUCCAUGUCCCAUGUAGUUGCUCAGGGCUUACAGAGAAGAUGGACUUACAGGGCUUACAGGAUGGACAUGACUCCAGAUGUGGCAAGGUGGACUCAGCGGGAGAAGGGAUGGGCUGGUCCUGGUGAAUGGCUGGAGAGAAUGUGCCAUCAGGGAUGUGCUCAGAUUACACCAGAAACCUGUCUUUAUUCACCCCCACUUUUCAUGUCAUUUCCACUGGCCGCACUUCAUUACUACCUUUUUCUUCUCUGGUUUGACACUUUGCCAAUUUCUUGGUUCUCAUCGUUUCUACUAUGACUUUAGUGCAGUGAUGAUCAUCACCUCUCUGACUCCUCAUCUCACCCACUUCUCUCAGUGUUCUUUCUGUGUGCUCUAGCAUUAGCCAUGAGAUAUUCACGUGUCCUUACAAUGACAUGGAACAGCAGCUAAUCUGUUGCAGCUGGAUUUUAGUGGGCUUGGAUGCAUGCUUCUACUCAGCAUCUCAUCAGCAGCGGCAAAGGUCCUGCCAAAAACCGUUGGCACAGAAACGAGUUGUAGUCCUCAUCUCUCUUCCUUGUCUCAUAUGCUGUCUUUGUUUCCUUCCCUGGUGGGUUAUCCACCAGUCUGUGACCUUAGGAUCCCAGUAAUGCACAACUGAAUUCCAACUCCUGUGUCGGGAAAAGCAUCCCAUAAACUUGUGCCUACACGAGACAGGUGCAUAUGAGUGACGGGCUUACCCCUCACUGUAGUCACCACGUAUUUCAUGAGAGUUUCUUUGCGUUCAGGUUGCUGCUGUGGAGCAGAGGAUGCGGAGGCACCCCUUGAACAGAGCGUUUCUGUAGGUGUGUCACAGGCCAGCACGCCCAAGGCAGCUCUGUCUUCCCGGAAGACCCACCCUUGUGACAUGUGCGGUCCGGUCUUGAGAGAUGUUUUCCGCCUGGGUGAGCACCAGGGAAAGCCAAGCAGCCAGAAACUGUUGAGGUGUGGGGCAUGCGCAAAACGAUUUUAUUUCGGCGUAAACUUUCAGCAGCAGCCAGAGCAGCACACGGGAGAGAAACCAUUCAGAAGCAGUGUGGACAGGACCUCUUUUGUGAAGAGCUGUGGAUUCCAUGAUUCAGGAAAGCCCUUUACCUGUGGAGAGAUUGAGAAAGACUUCCUGCCUGGCUCGGGGCAUCUGCAACAAGGGGCCAUUCAUACUGGAGAAAAGCCAAACACAAUCAGCCAGUGCAGGGCAACUAUACAGAGCAGAAAAAGUCAUUACACCUGGGGAGAAUGCAAGAAAGCCUUCGGUCCCAAACACACGCUUUCUCAGGACCAGUGUUUUGUGUGCAGUGAAUGUGGGAAAACAUUCAGGUACAAAUCUUCAUUUGUUAUCCACCAGAGAUUGCAUACUGGAAAAAGGCAUCACGAGUUUGAUGAAUGUGGAAAAUCCCUUCGGCAAAGCUCAACCCUCAGUCAACAUGGAAAGACUCACUCCGGAUCCAGGCAAUACAAGUGCAGCAAAUGUGGGAAAUCCUUAAGCCACAAAUCCGUUCUCAUUCAUCCCCAGCGAUGGCACGGUGGAGAAAACAGUUAUAUGUGUGGUGAAUGUGCAAAAUCUUUUAGUCAGAGCUCAGUGUUGAUUCCAUGUAGAGUUCAAACUGGAGAAAGGCCUUAUAAGUGUGGUGACUGUGCAAAAUCUUUUACCUCUAUCUCUGCCCUAAGUUAUCAUCAGAGAUCUCACACAGGGGAAAGGCCCUAUGAGUGCAGUGAAUGUGGGAAGUCUUUUAUCUCUAGGUCUGACCUCCGUUAUCAUCAGAGAGUUCAUUCUGGAGAAAGGCCUUAUGAAUGCAGUGAAUGUGGGAAAUCCUUUAUCACUCGUACUGCUCUCCGUUAUCAUCACAGGGUUCACACUGGGGAGAGGCCUUAUGAGUGCAGUGAAUGUGGCAAGUCCUUUACCCGAAGAAAUAACCUCAUUAUACACCUAAGAGUUCACUCAGGUGAAAGACCUUAUGAGUGUAGUGAAUGUGGGAAAUCUUUUACCUUUAGUUCCAGCCUGCGUUAUCACCACAGAGUUCACACUGGAGAAAGACCUUAUGAGUGUAGUGAAUGUGGGAAAUCUUUUAACAAUAGCUCUGCCCUCCGUUAUCACCAGAGAGUUCACACUGGAGAAAGGCCUUAUGAGUGUAACGAAUGUGGGAAAUCUUUUAUUUCUAGAUCUGACCUCCAUUAUCAUCAUAGAGUUCAUUCUGGAGAAAGGCCUUACGAGUGUAGUGAGUGUGGGAAAUCCUUUAUCCGAAGAAAUAACCUUAUUUUACAUCAGAGAGUUCACACAGGAGAAAGGCCUUACAAGUGUAGUGAAUGUGGGAAAUCUUUUAAUAAUAGGUGGACCCUGAUUCAACACCAGAGAGUUCACACAGGAGAAAAACCGUAUGUGUGCAAUGAAUGUGGGAAAUCUUUUACCUGUAGCUCCACACUUUGUUACCAUCAAAGAGUUCAUGAAGGUAAAAGGCCAUAUGAGUGCAGUGAAUGUGGGAAAUCUUUUACCUCCAGUUCUACCCUCCGUUACCAUCAGAGAGUUCACACGGGAGAGAGGCCUUACAAGUGCAGUGAAUGUGGGAAAUCUUUUACCUUUAGUGCCAGCCUUCGUUAUCAUCACAGAGUGCACAGUGGAGAAAGACCUUAUGAGUGCAGCGAAUGUGGGAAAUCCUUUAAGGAUAGAUCACAAUUCAAUAAACACCGGAGAACUCACACGGGAGAAAGGCCUUAUGAGUGCAGUGAAUGUGGGAAGACUUUUAGCCAAAAAUCUUCCCUGUCAAUACACCAGAGAAUUCAUAAUAGUGAACGGUCUUAUGAGUGUAGUGCUUGUGGGAAAUCCUUUACAUCUAUCUCUGGCCUUGGUUAUCAUCAUAGAGUUCAUAGAGGAGAAAAGCCUUAUCAGUGCAGUGAAUGUGGGAAAUCUUUUACCAACAGCUCCAUACUGAUCCGACACCAGAGAGUUCACACAGGAGAAAGACCUUAUGUGUGCAGUGAAUGUGGGAAGUCUUUUACCAGUAGCGCUACCCUCUCUUACCAUCAGAGAGUUCAUGCAGGGAAAAGGCCUUACGAAUGCAGUGAAUGUGGGAAGUCUUUUACUUCCAGUUCCACUCUUCGUUAUCAUCAGAGAGUUCAUGCAGGAGACAGGCCUUAUGGGUGUAGUGAAUGUGGGAAAUCUUUUAUCUCUAGCUCCAAGCUACGUUAUCAUCAGAGAGUUCACACUGGAGAAAGGCCUUAUGAGUGCAGCGAAUGUGGAAAAUCCUUCAGGGAUAGUUCCCAAUUCAGUCAACACCGGAGAGGUCACACUGGAGAAAGGCCUUAUGAGUGCAGUGAAUGUGGGAAAUUUUUUACACGAAAAUCUACACUCUCUCAACAUCAGAGAGUUCACACUAGAGAAAGGCCUUAGGUGUGUGGAGAAUGUUCAAUUUCCUAUCCACUGUAAUAACUCUGGAGGGAGCUUUGAGGAGUCCUCUAUCUGGACUGAAUCUCAGACAUCUAAACAUGCUCAGUGGGAGAUCCCUUGUAAGUUUCAGUGACAUCCUAAGCUUGUGUAAAUAUGUUGCACUUUCCAUACUGUUCAGGGCUCUUUCCAGAUUUAGGUCACAGCUAGAUCUUGUGCCCAAAGCCUGUUCUCCUCUACCGCCUGGCAGGUCCCCAAGGUGUGCAUUAGUUCACCACCAGUUUGUUCAGGGAGGCUGACCUUUGUUCUCAUGAAUUGGAGCAAAUUAAGAGUAACCUGAGCCCUUAGGGGUCAGCUUCCCCAUCUCCUUGACUACCUUCGGUCUGAACCUGAAUCAUUGAUGACCCAGAGAAUAUGAGUUUGGCUGGCAGCUUACAGAGAAUAACUACCUUUUUCAGGGACAUGAUGGUCUCCUGUGAUACUUGUGAGAUGUUUUUCCAGUUUCCAAGUCACAAACUUGAGAGUGGUCUGCUGCACAUUGCUUUGGCUUAAACAAUAAUCAAGGCCCUUUUUUUUUUAAUGUUUAUUUUUUAGAGAGAGCACACACGAGUGGGAGAGGGCCAAGAGAGAGAAUCUGGAGCAGGUUCCAGGCUCUGAGCUGUCAGCACAGAGCCCUAUGUGGGGCUCAAAUCCACAAACCAUAAAAUCAUGAGCUGAGCCAAAGUCAGAUGCUGAACAAACUGAGCCACCCACGUGCCCCUCAGGGCCUUACUUUUUAAAUCCUUUUUAAUCUUGAAUGUUCUACUUACUCUGUGGGGUAGUUUAUAAACAGAUUUGGGCUCAACAGCCAUCAGAGGGUGAACUUUUUAGGAGUCUCAAAUUGUCCAUGCCUGAGGAGGGAGAGGAUGAUGGCAGAAAGUAGCUUGCCAGCCUUGACCAAAUCUUUAUCACUGCCCCACAACCUCUGAAAAACUGUAGGGCUUUCUGGUUUUCAUUUGAGGUCUGGAUGCUUUGUGUUUUAGGAGUCUCAGUGAUGACCCCAAGCAGGGGACAAGUGUGAGACCCUCAGAGGCUUUUGAAAGCAGCAUGAAUUUUUCACUUACUCAGAGGAGCUAUCACAGGGGAUGUCAGUACUGAUGAGGUGUUUUCUUCCACAGCUCUGCAAACAGCC